AUGCCUAUUAAGUCAAUCAAAGCUCGUCAAAUCUUCGACUCCCGUGGCAACCCCACCGUCGAGGUAGACCUGGUAACAGAGUUGGGUCUCUUCCGGGCAGCUGUACCAUCUGGUGCCUCCACUGGUGUUCAUGAAGCCCUUGAACUAAGGGACAACAUAAAAGGAGAAUAUCAUGGCAAGGGUGUCCUCACUGCUAUCAAGAACAUCAAUGACAGCAUUGCUCCUGCUCUCCUCAAAGAAAACUUUGAGGUCACUCAGCAGAAAGAGAUUGAUCAGUUCAUGCUAAUUUUGGAUGGUACAGAAAACAAGUCCAAGCUUGGUGCUAAUGCCAUUCUCGGUGUAUCCCUCGCUGUAGCUAAGGCUGGAGCUGCCAAAAAAGGUGUACCUCUAUAUAAGCACAUAGCUGAUCUGGCAGGCAAUAAUGAUAUUGUACUACCUGUACCUGCCUUCAACGUCAUCAAUGGAGGUUCUCACGCUGGCAACAAGCUGGCUAUGCAAGAAUUCAUGAUCUUGCCUACUGGUGCUGCAUCUUUCAGCGAGGCCAUGCGCAUGGGCUCAGAAGUGUACCACCACUUGAAGAAAAUCAUCAAGGAAAAGUUUGGCCUUGACUCUACUGCUGUCGGUGAUGAGGGUGGAUUUGCGCCCAACAUCCAGAACAACAAGGACGCCCUAUUCCUCAUCCAGGAUGCCAUCCAGCAGGCUGGAUACACCGGCAAGAUUGAAAUUGGUAUGGACGUAGCUGCCUCCGAGUUCUUCAAGAAUGGAACUUACGAUCUUGACUUUAAGAACCCUAAGUCUAAUCCUGCCGAUUACCUAUCAUCUGAUAAGUUAGCUGAGGUGUACUUAGACUUCUGCAAAGACUUCCCUAUGGUGUCUAUUGAAGAUCCCUUCGACCAGGAUGACUGGGCUGCAUGGUCUAAUCUUACUGCCCGCACUCCUAUCCAAAUAGUUGGAGACGACCUUACAGUAACAAAUCCCAAACGGAUUGCUACAGCUGUAGAAAAGAAGGCUUGCAACUGCCUGUUACUGAAAGUAAACCAGAUCGGCAGUGUGACUGAGUCCAUUGACGCUCACUUGCUGGCCAAGCAGAAUGGAUGGGGCACCAUGGUUUCUCACAGGUCUGGAGAAACUGAAGACACUUUUAUCGCUGAUCUUGUGGUCGGAUUGUCGACUGGUCAAAUCAAGACUGGGGCGCCGUGUCGCUCGGAACGUCUCGCCAAGUACAACCAGAUUCUUCGCAUCGAAGAGGAACUCGGGGCCGCAGGCAAAUACGCUGGCAAGAACUUCCGUAGACCUGUCUGA